AUGAGUACUCAUUCUCAAUCCCCUGAACCAUCUGCCCCACUUUCCAGUCAAACCAAGCACCAUGGGUCCGGGAGGCAUUGGACCGAUGAAGAAAGUGCUCUAUUGGAAAAACAUCGGGAGGAGUACAGAGACGCCAACGACGCUGCUUGUGCUGAGAUAUUUUCUCGAGUUUUGCAAGACAUGCUCGACAUACUCCCCAAUGGAAAAUCGUUCAAGAAGGAAGAAAGAUCAGCUGUUAAAAAAGAUAUUAAAGAGUGGUUUGCCUGGUACAGUCGUAAGAGAAGUCAGAAAAUGCCGAGGAUGGGAAAGUCGUGGCACGCCCGGCGUGUGUUCCAGCAUGAGAACAAGGACGCCAUCGAUACCGAAGCGAAAAGGCUUUGUGCCGAAGCCAUUGAAGAGGGACAAAAGAGGCCUAAAGGGGGAGAUCCCACUCAUUUUGAUUUUCGGGAGCGGGUCGUGACUCAAAUGAUGGGAAAACUGAAGAAAAGGGAGAAAGACGUACUGCAGAGGACGGCCGAGGAGUACAACAAGAAGGGAGUUGACCCGGAACUCAAGUCCAAACUGGCUGUAAAGAACUGCACGGCUCGGAUGCAUGCAUUUUCCAAGGAACUUUAUGACACAAUGGGUGUCCGGGUCUUUAUCUUAGGAUGUUAUCUGAAGCCCGAUGAGAAGGGUUACAAACUUGGCCCGAGGAGUGCCCGACCAGGCAAAGUCAAAUGCCAAGCUGCCUCGGCUGUUAUCCAAGCCACUGUCAAACCAGCUCAAGCAACCAAUCUGAGGUCGGACACAACCAAAGCUUCGAAUAGCUUUGAUUUCACUAAGUCAAGUGGUGUCAACGCAAAACAACCAGUCCCUUCAAAACAAAAGGAGUCAGAGGCCGGUCCCAGUCAGCAACCAUCUAUUGAUGUCCCCACCAAGCCAAAACCAAAACCUCGUCCUAUCAUGAAAGGCAAGGUUUCUACAGGGGAACUCGAUACCAGCCCCGAGCUUCAGCCUCGGUACAACGACACCCGGGCUCUCUCCCAUGAAGUACCAUCGGACACUGAGGUCUUGGCUGAUGAUACAUUUUGGGAAGCUGACCUGGGCUGUGGGGUGGAGUCGGCCGAUCGAGCGAAGAAGAGAAAAUUCACUGAUGAGGAGGAUACACCCUGCAAGUUUCCUCAGUUAGAGAAGGGUUACAAACUUGGCCCGAGGAGUGCCCGACCAGGCAAAGUCAAAUGCCGAGCUGCCUCGGCUGUUAUCCAAGCCACUGUCAAACCAGCUCAAGCAACCAAUCUGAGGUCGGACACAACCAAAGCUUCGAAUAGCUUUGAUUUCACUAAGUCAAGUGGUGUCAACGCAAAACGACCAGUCCCUUCAAAACAAAAGGAGUCAGAGGCCGGUCCCAGUCAGCAACCAUCUAUUGAUGUCCCCACCAAGCCAAAACCAAAACCUCGUCCUAUCAUUAAAGGCAAGGUUUCUACAGGGGAACUCGGUAUAGUAACCCGAGAAUGGUCGAAAAAGAUUGCUGAAGAAAGUGUUCGUUCCACCCGGUCCAAGAAAGUUUCAUUCGUCAGUUAA